GGAUUUUCUUUGAGAUACGACGACGAAACGCCUGUUAGUCGCAUUGACCAAGGAGGUCCUGAUCAAGAACAGAGAUUGGCAGAAUUUGUCUAUAACUCUAUUGAAAACCUCGGGGAUAGGCGGUCCGUUAAGGAUGCUAUCCAGAACCUCGGUCUUCAGAGUGACAAGGAUCUCCUCCCCGGUCUUGAAGUACGGCUUUUACCUCACCAACUCAUUGGCGUCAACUGGAUGGUGGACCAGGAAAAAAAGUCCACGCACAGGGGUGGAAUCUUAGCAGAUGAAAUGGGUCUUGGCAAGACUGUCCAAAUGAUUGCCACAAUGGCAGCUAAUUUGCCAAAGGACACUGAUGCUGUGAAGACUACUCUCGUCGUUGUUCCUGCUGCGCUCCUUCAACAAGCUAGUUUGUCUUCUUUGAUCGGCUUUGCCCACUGGAAAGAGGAAAUUGAAACGAAGUCGAACGACUUGUUUACUGUUCAUAUACACCAUGGACGAGACAAACUUUCCACCCUGGUGGAUGUCAAAUCUAAAGAUGUCAUCAUCACUACAUACCAAACCCUGAGCAUGGAGCUUACCAUUCCAAAAAACGUUGAAGAAGGCGAGGAACUGGCAUAUCUCGAGGAUCACGGAGGGGUACUUGGUCGUAUGAGAUGGUAUCGUGUGAUUUUAGACGAGGCCCAAUUUAUUCGAAACAGAGGAACACAUGCUAGCCGCAGUGUUGCUCUUCUCCGUUCAACUUAUAGGUGGAUGCUUACAGGCACGCCUGUAACGAAUACACUUGCUGACAUAUACGGACUUAUUCGCUUUGGGCGUUUCCGCCCUUGGAAUGACUGGGAGUCAUUCAAACAAUAUAUUGCAAAGGUGCAGCAGGAAGAUGCGCCGCUUGCGGCAAUGCGAGCGCAGGAGAUUCUGAAACCCCUGUUGCUUCGCCGUACCAAGCAAGCUAGAUUGGAAGGAAAGCUCAUCCUUCAGCUGCCCCCGAAAAACAUCGAGCUCGUGACUCUUGAAUUCUCAGCAGACGAGCGGCAGCUGUAUGAUGAUUUUGAAAAGAAAAGCCACGUUCAAAUCAAUCGCUUCAUCAAAAGAGGGACAUUAUUGAAGAAGUAUGCACUCAGUUAUUUCUGCGCGAUGAUCCUUCGGCUUCGGCAGCUGUGUUGUCACCCGAACUUAAUCCUGGCACAAGAGCACGAGGACCCUUCCGUGCUCAUGUCCGACGACAAGGGAAGGGAGUUUGCGCGAGCGAUCCGAGUCAUGGGGCCAGCUGGUUGCCUACAGGUCAAGAAGAGGUUCAUGACGCGCGCGCUGGAGAGUAAUCUACUCGCCUUCUCAGAUGAGGAGGGUGCUGAUGCAACGUGUCCUAUCUGCAAAGAUCUGUACGCCAACAACGCUGGCCGUGUCCUUACCUGUGGCCAUGAGAUCUGCUUUGAUUGUAUGCUCAUACUUUCGAACUCGCCGAUUGUCCACAAUGGGGAAUUUGGUCAUGGAAAUGAGAAAGAAAAUCUUCGUGCCGAACGCGAGUAUGAAGCGGCUGUUGCAAAAGGUCACCGACCUUGUCCUACGUGCAAGAAGAUGAACGACCUGAGCCCAACUAAGGUGUUCAAGUCCAUUGCAUUCGAGCCAGAGGAGAAUGAAGUCGAGGAGGCAAAUCGCGCUCGUAAACGCGCUCGCCAGCUUGCGCCUAAGAAGGCUGUGCACCAGGGCACAGUAUCUGCGCCUUCACGCUUCAGGGGUGCAACGCCGGAACUCGACAGCUCGGACGACGAUAUGCCAGAUUUUUCACAGCUAUUCGCGAACGGAGGACAACUCAAGAAGAAGGGAAAGAAGGCUGGGGGGAAUAAACGGUCGCGUCAGCAGUCUGAUGACGACGAAGUGAUUGACUUGACUAUGAGUGAUGUGUCAGACCACCUCGAUGGUUCCGACGUUGAGCUCGGAAGGGGGCACGCCGUGCGGUCCUCAGAGAAGCAUGAUGACAAUGGAAAAGGAAAAGCCCCCCUGAGGGACAGCGAAGAAAAGCCUGCAUCGCAAGGCGCAGAAAAGGCAAAUUUGGAAGAUUCCAGUGCCCCUUCUCGCGCACUUAUCGCCAUGUGGCGAAAAGGUGAUUAUGACCUGGAACCGAGUACGAAGAUGCUCGCCCUCAUCGAUUUCCUCAAGUCAUGGGACACGAGCGGGGACAAAACAAUCUGCUAUUCGCAGUGGACCUCAAUGCUUGACCUCAUAGAAACGCUAUUCUCGCGAUAUGGGAUCCGCAGCCUGCGGUACGAUGGUUCCAUGGACCGGAUAUCGCGGGAUAACACCCUUGUGGCAUUCAAACGACAUGAUGGACCGAAGGUCAUCCUCAUCAGCACGAAGUGUGGUAGUGUAGGCUUGAAUUUGGUUGCGGCAAAUCGAAUCAUCAAUUUGGAUCUAUCCUGGAAUUAUGCGUCCGAGUCACAAGCAUAUGACCGCGUACAUCGUCUGGGACAGGAGAAAGAUGUUUUCGUCAAGCGACUUGUUGUCAAAAAUACGAUAGAGGAGCGAAUGCUCCGCCUUCAGGAGGUUAAAACUGACCUCGCGGACGCCGCGCUCGGCGAGGGCACGGGAACGAAGUUACAGAAGAUGAGCGUCAAGGAGAUCAAGACUGUAUGA